UUGGGCGUCAUUUUGUGUUUGGACGUGUACGAAGUAUCUUUGAACGCUUCUUGUCUGACAUAAAAACCUCUCCUAAAAACUUCCAAGUUUUUCUCCUUUAUUCAUUCGUUCCUACUGAAGAAAAUAACCAAACUUCAAAAUGCGUGAAUGUAUCUCUGUACACGUUGGCCAAGCUGGAGUCCAGAUUGGUAAUGCCUGCUGGGAAUUAUACUGUUUGGAACAUGGAAUUGCUCCUGAUGGUCAAAUGCCAUCUGACAAGACCAUUGGAGGUGGAGACGACAGUUUCAAUACCUUCUUCAGUGAAACUGGUUCUGGCAAACAUGUACCCAGGGCUGUAUUUGUUGAUUUGGAACCUACUGUUGUUGAUGAGGUAAGAACUGGAACAUACCGGCAAUUGUUCCAUCCUGAACAAUUGAUUACUGGUAAAGAAGAUGCUGCCAACAACUAUGCACGUGGACACUACACAAUUGGCAAAGAGAUUGUUGAUGUUGUUUUGGACAGAAUCAGAAAAUUGGCUGAUCAGUGCACUGGUCUUCAAGGUUUCUUGAUCUUCCACUCUUUCGGAGGUGGUACUGGAUCUGGUUUUACUUCUUUAUUGAUGGAAAGACUUAGCGUUGACUACGGAAAGAAGAGUAAAUUGGAAUUUGCCAUCUACCCCGCUCCUCAAGUGUCCACAGCAGUAGUUGAGCCUUACAACUCCAUCUUGACCACACAUACAACCCUGGAACACAGCGACUGUGCAUUCAUGGUUGACAAUGAAGCCAUCUAUGAUAUCUGUCGUCGUAAUCUUGACAUUGAGCGUCCAACAUACACUAACUUGAACCGUCUUAUUGGCCAGAUUGUUUCUUCAAUCACAGCUUCUCUUCGUUUCGACGGCGCCCUCAAUGUUGACUUGACUGAAUUCCAGACCAAUUUGGUCCCAUACCCCCGUAUCCAUUUCCCGCUAGUAACUUAUGCACCAGUUAUCUCUGCUGAAAAGGCUUACCAUGAACAAUUGUCUGUAUCUGAAAUCACCAACGCUUGUUUUGAACCAGCCAACCAGAUGGUGAAAUGUGACCCACGUCACGGAAAAUACAUGGCUUGUUGUAUGUUGUAUCGAGGUGAUGUUGUACCUAAGGAUGUUAACGCUGCCAUUGCUUCUAUCAAGACCAAGAGGACCAUUCAGUUUGUUGAUUGGUGUCCAACUGGUUUCAAAGUUGGUAUCAACUACCAACCUCCAACUGUUGUCCCUGGUGGUGAUUUGGCUAAAGUACAACGUGCUGUUUGCAUGUUGUCCAAUACGACUGCAAUUGCUGAAGCCUGGGCUAGAUUGGACCAUAAGUUUGACUUGAUGUAUGCUAAACGUGCUUUCGUCCACUGGUAUGUUGGAGAAGGUAUGGAAGAAGGAGAAUUCUCUGAAGCCCGUGAGGACUUGGCUGCUUUGGAAAAGGAUUACGAAGAAGUUGGUAUGGACUCUGUCGAAGGUGAAGGCGAAGGCGGUGAAGAAUACUAAACAUCGAUUCUCCAAAAAAAAAUAUUGCUUGGUUUAACAACUCAUAAAAUUAAAUUAACUUCAGUAUUUA